UAUUCGCAACAGGAAAACAAAAAUCAAUCAGCAAUUCAGUGUAGUUUAAAAAAGAAAACAUGUGUGUUUAUUAUAGACACACCUUAUUUUUACUUUUUAUAUACGGAAAUGUAAAAGAUUCUCAUCAGUUAUCUACAACAGAUAAGAAUGCUUGCAAAUCGGAUACAGGGAUAGAAUGUUGUUAUGGAUAUAUACUUUCAAAAGAUCGAUCAAGAUGUGAAGAUUGCCCAGCCGGUUUAUAUGGUAAUAGCUGUUCAUAUAAGUGUCCAUAUGGACAAUACGGGGUUCGUUGCAACUCCAAAUGCACUUGUUCAGGGAAGCAAAUUUGUGAUAGAGUCGAGGGAUGCAAAUUGAAAACCCGUUUCGUUAAAGCUUUGGUAACCACGGGCCAGAGAAAAGAGAAGACGACGCAAUACUCUACAGAAAUUCAAACGACAAAACGACCCUCUACGGCCAUUGACGAGGGAACAUCAGACAUAGACACAGUAGUAUUAUACAGUUCAGAGAAUAGGGAAGAAAAAACAAGAGUUGUUUAUAUUAUAUAUAGUAGCGGUGGCGCUCUUGCUUUUGCCUGCAUACUUCUUUUCAUAGUAGGAAUGUUCUUCGUUUUCAAACGUUUGGGCAGUUCUAAAAUUGUACCUAUUUAUAAGACUGACCAAAUCCUCUAUGAUGAGAUACCAGAAGAUCUGCUGCAAAGUGACGUGGCGAUCAACCGUCCAGUUGUCAGUCCCCAGAAAUUUGGCUACUACAACGAUAAUACUCACGUUCCGUUAUCAAAACAACAUUCUGGUAAUCUUGAGGGCUGCGAGCCUCCAUCAUAUUACAAUGACAAGAAAGAGUACGACUAUGCGUACCAGAAAAGAGAUGAUUAUUACCUUAACCCUUAUAACAUUCUUCAAACGACGGGAUAUUCAGACCACUUGUAUCGUGAUCUGAAAGAGUAAAGUGGAUUAUUUUUUUUCAAUGUACUAUUGAUAUAUCUAUUUUCGCUGUAGCUUAUUAUAGCAUAACUGGAAAUAUUUCGUCAUAUUAAAUAAAGAAUAUUUCAAGAAUCACGAACAAUACGAUAUGACUUUGAAAGGAAGGAUCAACAUAUUUUGACUGAACAAAAUGGCCACUUAUUACUAUGACAAUAUGUUUAAUAAUUAAUUUGUCUGACCAAUUUGAACUCGUUAAAGGGCGUCCGUGCAGUUGUCUGCCCAAAAUAGCUUUAUUUAUUAUAUAUGUGUUGUCCUUUUGGAAUAGAUAUGUCAUUAUUUACCAGAAAUUUACACGCGGAUGUCACGUGACGUGUGAAUUUAAUAAAAAAUAAAAUCAUCGAUCAUCGAUAUAUUUACAUUUAUCAUGUUCAAUCAUAUAUCAGUUUUUGAGCAUUACCGUAAAGAAAUCAAAAUAAGUAUAUACGCUUUUUUCUACAAAAACCUUGACUUUGGAUUAAAGCCGUCGGCGUGCAAUCUAAAUGAUUGAAUACUAUACAUAGCGAUUUAAAAAAUAAGAAAAAAUAUCCUAAUUGUUAUAACCAAUUUGAAUAAGUUUCUGCGAUGACAGAUCUUCAACAUCAUUGCGAUACAAUGUAAUCAAUUAUUUCUUGUUUAUCGAAAUUCUUCGUGUCUUGUCAUAAUAAUCGUUAGAAGAUUUUAUAUUAACAUUAUGAACUGUACGUCUACAAAGUAACUUAGUAACAUCACUAUACAACAUAUUGCUAUCUGUAAUCGGAUCCUAGGAUUUCGGUUUGUCAAACAAAUUGGCCAAUGCUAUAUAUGCGGGGGAAUAUCUUUAAAACUUCUGACUGAAUAAUGAUUUUGACCAAAUUAUUUUAGCAAGAAUGUUCCACCGAUAAUUUCUUUGCCAUAUCAUAUUUGUGUUUCUCUCCAAAAUCUAGAGUAAUUGCACUUUAUUGAAAGAUUCAAAUACUGAAAAGAACUUAACAUAGAACAGGUUUGGAAUGUACAUUAAAGGAAUCUUUUUUUAGAUUAAAAGUUACUACUAUCUAAUGAAAAUAACACUUUAAAAAUUCGUGCAUCCGAAUCUCUUUUCAUGACUGACCUUCAAUAAGAACGUCCAAACCCAAUCAAUUGAAAGCCAAAGAUUUAUAAAUACCCGGAUACGUGAAGAGCUUUAUGAUCGAAUGGACAUUUAAAGCAUAGCCGAGUCCCGUUAAGGUAAACUUGGACUGAUCGAAUUUAGGAACAUUUUUAUUUAUUGCGUACGAAAUAUAGAUGUUCUUCAUUUGUUUCCUCACAUCAACUAAAAUGGCUGUAUUUACUGAAUUUGUCAUAUGAGUACAUAACGAAUUUUCAUUUUAUUGAAAGCAUUUUAAAAUAAAAAUUGUUGUUUCACAGAUCUAUCGAUUUCUGAUUAAAUAUAUCUUUAUUAUCCUCGUGACAAUCCUAAAUUUCCUACACCAGUCGAUACCGAUAGUCAUGUGCACCUGUUUGAAAAUCCAAUGUCAUUCGAUUGGUCGCUUUAAUAUAAAAUUCCUCACAUUGCAGAUAUCUAAUAGUUGUUACAAUCUGGUUGCUUCCCUAAUUUUCUUCAUUGUUUAACAU